GUUUCGGACCACCUUUUCUCGUUUCUUCGCUGCUUUUCGCCUUCCUUCGGCGCAUCUGGCUUGCUGUAUUAGCACUCGAAUUCUAUCAACAGAACAAGCAUUAGUGUCAACGAGCAUGUCAACCUCGAAUUCAAGCUAUCUCGAUGCACCAGCCAUACCGGCUCCAGCGGGACAUGUAUCGGACUUUGAGAAUACUGGCGGUAUUCAUCGAUUAGCCUAUUUUGCCAUAAUCCUCUGCGGAGUCCUCGCAGCCUUUUCAUCACUACUUCGAAUCGCUUCCCGCAUCAUCAUCAAACCGCGACACAUUGGAAUCGAGGACUUUUUCUUGGUUUCAGCAUUCGGCCUUUAUUCGGGCUUCCUCUAUUUAUGCUACGAGAUCGCCAUAUUUCCUGGCUUCCUUGUCCAUGCAUGGAACGUCAGAUUGCGGGAUAUGGUUGACUUUGCCUGGCGACUUCAUCUUGCCUCCAACUUCUACGGCCUUACCCUACUUUGCUUGAAGUUGGCCAUUCUGAUCGACUGGUUGCAUCUCUUCAACCCCAGAAUGCAGCGAAACACGAUGUUCUGGACCAUCCUUGUGCUGCUCAUCGUGAACACCAUCUACUACAUAUCUGCCUUUUUCUUGGACAGGUUUCGCUGCAAUCCAGUCGAGAAGACUUGGAACCCUUUGUAUGUCGGCGGAAGUUGUCCGAUCGAUGCGAACGCCUUGAAUAUUGUUUCUUCACUCCUCAAUCUGAUUUCUGACUUCAUUAUCCUUCUGCUCCCUCAAUGGGUCAUUUGGAGGCUGAACUUGAGUAAGCCCAAGAAGAUGGGUGCCUCUCUACUUUUCGUGAUAGGAAUUUUUGCUACCGCCUGUGGAAUAGCACGAAUGGUCUAUUCGAUCGAAACCCUCUCUUCGAAGGACCUUACCCACAUCUACACCACGGUCGGGCUAUGGAGCCUUGGUGAGCUCACCUCAGGUUUCCUCGUCAUCGGCGUCCCUGCGGUUCCCAAAGUCUACCGCAGCCUCAAGUCAAAGUCCAAAACUGUCCUGCAUACCACGACAAGCAGGCUUCGCGGGACACGCAUGGCGGAUUCGAGUGGAAGUGCGGGACGGCCACAUCACAUGGACAAUGGAAGUGGCAGCAGGAAUAUGCCAUCGUGGUUCAAGUCUCCCCCUUUGGGCGAAUCCCGAGAUGUGUGGAACGCCACCAGAGAUAGUGGUUAUGAUCUGCUGCCAGACCAACAUAGGAGGGCUGCGUACGUGGAGGCGUACCCGGAGCCCGCAUCCAGCGUAGAGCUUCCAGAGUACGCCAUCAUACGGGAAACACGGGUACAUGUCAGCAGUCAGCCGCGAAUUUACGGUGACGGACCGAUUAAGUGGCAGGAUCCGAAGUAGUGGGUGUGAGACCAAAGAAGUCGAUUGGCCCGCAGCCUUGCAAAAAGAAAGUCUUGAGGAGAUAGUUCAGCCGAAUUGAUAGCAUGACUCUGU